CGGCAUCCCCCGAAGGAAAUCGUGCACAGCACAACACUUUAGUACACUACUUCCUUUUCCAGGAAGCCUUUCCAUUUAGUCUCCAAAAUUCAAACUUCCUAUAAAUUCAAUUUUUUCUGCUUCUCCCUCCAACCGCCAUUAAAACUCUCCUUCCUCGACGAAAAUGGCGAACAACAUGAAAGUCGAUCAGCUUCGAGAUGAGCUCUCCAAACGCGGCCUUGAUAUUUCUGGCACUAAACCUACUUUAGCGAAGAGACUGAAUGCUGCCCUUCGCAAAGAGGAUGCUCUAUCUACGCCGACGGAGGAAUCAAAUUCAACAAUUGGGAAAAAGAGAGAGAGGGAAAAUAAAGAACUAAACAAUGAGGAAUCUAAAGAUGAAAUCAGUGUUAUUGACAAAUUUCAAGCGAUGAAUGUUCAGAAUUUGCGCAAGGAAGCUACUCUCAGAGGAAUUUCACCCGUUGGCACUAAAAAAGAACUCGUUGAAAGGCUUUGUUCUGCUGCUACUUCUGCUACUGAUGGAUUCGGAGAAGAAGUGGAGGAAGUUAAGACCGAGAAGCAGGUGAAGGCAACAAAGAAGGGUUCUGCGGUCUUGGAUCAAUGGCUUCCUGACAAUAUAAAAAGUCAAUAUCAUGUUUUAGAAAAGGAAGAUGGAAUUUAUGAUGCCAUGUUGAACCAGACCAAUGUAGGGGACAACAACAACAAGUUUUAUGUGAUUCAAGUUCUCGAAAUUGAUGGCGGCGGAACAUACAUGGUAUACAGCAGAUGGGGCAGAGUAGGAGUGAAGGGUCAAGAUAAGCUGUUUGGUCCAUAUUCAUGUCAGGAAACUGCAAUUCAAGAGUUCCAGCAGAAGUUUUUGGCAAAGACAAAAAACCAUUGGUCCGAUCGAAAAAAUUUUGUUUCUUACCCGAAGAGCUAUACAUGGUUGGAAAUGGAUUACAGCGAAAAAGAACAAGACAAAGAAAAGCUGCCUUCAACUAGUACAAGCAUUCAACCACGGGAAACCAAACUCGAGCCUCGUGUCGCUAAGUUCAUCUCUCUUAUAUGCAAUAUCAGUAUGAUGAAGCAGCAGAUGAUGGAAAUUGGAUACAAUGCUGAGAAAUUACCACUUGGAAAGUUGAGUAAAUCCACAAUUUUGAAGGGUUACAAUGUUCUGAAGAGGAUUUCAGAUGCCAUUGGUCAGUCUAACAAGAAACUGCUUGAGCAAUUAAGUGGGGAAUUCUAUACUGUCAUUCCUCAUGAUUUUGGCUAUAAGAAAAUGCGCGAGUUUGUCAUUGACACACCUCAAAAGUUGAAGAGCAAACUGGAAAUGGUUGAGGCAUUGGGUGAAAUUGAGCUGGCAACAAAAUUAUUGAGCGAAGAUGUGGGAAUGCAGUUUGAUCUCUUGUUCUCUCUAUAUGGACGACUUCGUUGCGAACUGAUUCCUGUUGAAGUUGAUUCAGAAGAAUUUUCCAUGAUCCAGCAGUAUACUAAGAAUACUCAUGCCAAAACACAUUCCAACUAUACUGUUAAAAUUGCUCAAAUAUUUAGGGUGUCAAGAGAGGGAGAAGAUGAACGGUUUAAAAAGUUCUCUAAUACAAAAAAUAGAAUGCUGUUAUGGCAUGGCUCUCGGCUAACAAACUGGACUGGAAUUUUAUCUCAAGGGUUGCGUAUUGCUCCACCUGAAGCACCUGCAACAGGCUAUAUGUUUGGCAAAGGGGUGUAUUUUGCUGACAUGUUUUCUAAGAGUGCAAACUAUUGUUGUUCCUUUUCUGGAGCUCCUACCGGCGUUCUACUUUUGUGUGAGGUGGCAUUGGGUGAGAUGGAAGAGCUCCAUUAUGCAAACUACAAUGCAGAUAAAUUACCUGCUGGAAAGCUAAGCACAAAAGGAGUAGGUGCAACUGCCCCGAAUAUGUCCCAAUCCAAAGUGCUUGACGAUGGUGUUGUUGUUCCCUUUGGAAAGCCAGUAGAGAAGAAAGAAUCCAAGGUUUCUCUACGUUACAAUGAAUACAUAGUUUACAACGUAGAUCAGAUACGAAUGCGCUAUGUUGUUCAAGUCAAUUUCAAGUACGCAUCUUAAGCAGCUUCAACAAGUGAUUCCGCCCUAGCUGGCAGCCUGGCACGUACAACCGCACCAAUGAGGUGUGUAAAUAUUAUCAUAGAAUGGAGGAGCUCAUAACGAUGACUUUAAGCUGAAUAGCGUGUAUAUUCGUUCUAUAUGCCUAGUUGUAUUUUUCUGUAAUUAUUCGAAAUGCCCCUAGAUUUGGCUUUUUGAUGGUGGCUCGAGAAGUUGUAAUUUAGAAUUAGUUUUAAUAAGAUGAAAUCAAAUUAGUCGCCAUACUAAUUGCUGUAAGAAAAUUAAUUUCUUUUUGUUACUUGUUUGUAAGCUAGAAUGAGUUCUUUCGUUUCGAUUGCGAUUAAGUAAUUGUGUGCCUUUUUUGAGA